AUGGCUCCCUCAUCCCGGCACAUGUCGCGAUCAGCGUCGCAGCACGUCAACCUGCAUUGUCUUCAAUGCGACAAUCAAAUUGGCAUCUUCGACAACGAAUGGAUCCGCCUGACCAGUUCUUAUGUUCGCCCUGUCCACCCCGGCACUCACUUGGGAACCGAGAUCGCGACCAGCAAGACGCAAGUCGUCCCUGAAGGUGUCACGCAGCGAGCCCUCGAAGGAUGCACCUUGGCUGAAGUGUUCUGCACAAGAUGCUCUGCGGUAGUUGGGCAGUAUUGCAAGGCGGUUCCUGCAACUGCACGGAGAAAUAUGUUAAAUCAGUAUCUAUACAAAUUGUCCAGGACAUGUCUCAAGAGCAGCGAGUCGAAUCAGCCGGUUGAUCCUGUGUUUGGAUACGGCGGAGAUGCUAUCAGAGCAACUGCAAAGCCAAAUACUACUUUAAGGGGGGGCCUCAUUGGCACCCCUCAGUGCUCGGAUACUCCCUUUCACAGAGAAGAGACACCUCCACGUCUCCAACCCAUGGCUGAGUCAAGUUGGGGAACUUCGUCACGCGUUUCGUUGCAAAACAGCAGGGAGAUACCUCAAGACUCCAUCGUACUGCAACUCGCCAUGCAGGAUGCACACUUGAAAUCCCAAGGUGGGAGAAUAGCAAACCAGGAGGCGAGGGCAUUAGAGCAUGAUGCGCAACUCCGAGCCAUCUCUUCAGUCUUGGAUACGUUUCGCGACACGCUGGAGGAGAUCAAGAUAUCCAUUGGGGAGCUGAAGUCUCAAACCUACGUCCCUCGCCUCGAUAAGCCUACACAAAUUGACUUCGUUGGCACUCUCCACAAAAUGAUCUCGACAAUGAAAACGGCCCAGUCGAACGCCCAAGAACUGGAAGAACUUCGUGCUGAAAACGCUGCGUUUAAAGCUAAAUGGGAUAUUGUGCAAUCUGCCAUGAAUACCGCUACCAGACAACCAUCCUCGGGUUCAUUAUAUGAGAUAUCCCACGGAAACACUCUAGGAAAACGCAAGCGCGACAGCGACGUCCUAAAACUAAGUGCAAUGGUGCCUUCAGAUGGAGCAAUGCAAGACCGGUCCCAGUACUCAGAAGAUUUUUCAUCGUCUGCGCAAAUGCCAACUCCGCAGUCUAGCAGCCACUCCGACAGGCAAUCUGCACAUGACUCUAAUAGCUCGAGAACAUCGACCCCAGAGCAAGGACAAGCCAGAUUGAACUCGCACAAGAUGCCUCAAUGCAGUAAUGAGCACGCAAUUAAAGACAAUAUGUUACCCACAAUGGUGCCGUCUCGACGGAACCUCAGGAAUCGUCUGCCAUCUGAUCAUAGCCGGGAUAUAGAGACUUCUAGCUCAGUUGUGCGCUCUACGCCGGUCGAAAACGUUGGCGCAGUUGCAAAAGCAACCGGUAUGAUCUCCGACGUACAGGAGACUCAAGGGCUGCCUACUUCAGAGCUUGGUCAGGCAUCGUUACGGUCGUCAGCACGAGCUGACGACUGUGAAGAAUCAGUCCUUGCCGAGCGUGCAACCGGAUCUAUGAACGAUGAAGCCCAGCCACCGGAGGAUGAGGAUGCGAAUAGUCUUGAUGAUAGUGGUCAACUGCCUGACAACAAUGGUGAGCCACCAAUGGAUAUUGAUCCUGUAGACGCCUCGGAACUCCAGUCGUCAAUGAGGGAAACGGAUGAGUUUGGCGAUGACGACCGGGAUCGCUCUUCCAACUUUCAUACCCUAGCGGAUCGUGCAACGGCUAAGAAUAUGGCUGCGUCUCUCGAAGCAUCGUCUGCGGAUGAAGGCUCGACUCAGUCUGCGCCGGCGGGAAGAACUCGCAGCAAGACGAAGGUGCAGCAAUCAUCACGAAGAAAACCCGACUUCAUCACGGACAGGCGAAGCAUUGCCCCCGAGCCAGCUGCACUUCGGCGGAUCCUCCCUCGUCGGAUUGGUGCGCAUCAACGGCCGCAGUUUGAGCACGCGACGCCGGAAUCAAUCGAGCAAGACCUAAGGAAUUCCGGUAAACCCAAAGGACAGCGACGUUUGAAGCCUCACAUUCAAACGACUACAAAGAUCCUCCACAACGAGCUCAAAGAGCUCGGCCUGGAGGAUUGGAUCGAGAAAGACAAAGAUACUCCCGAAUACAAAAAGGCUGUGGAGGAAGCCAGGAGCCGCAAACGAGAACAGACGAGAUUGGCUACAUUAGCGAGCCGCGGAAUCAGCCUCCCAGGAGCGUCUACAGAUGAUGAACAACCGGAGUCGGGCCCAACUCUAGAGGAGGCAUUCGACCAAGCCGCUGAAGCUCUGGCCGAUGCCAACGACGAACAAUCGGAGUCGGCUCCAAGUCUAAAAGAGUCAUUCGUCCAAGCCACUGAAGCUCUAGUUGAUGUCGAUAACGGACAAGCGGGUGGAACACUGGUGUUAUCUGCGUCGUGGGCGGCAGCUAGAAAAGCAAAGGGGAUCGGCCUGCGCAAGACCAAACGUGAACAACGAGCUGAGGAGAUUCGCCGAAGAGAUCUGCUGGCAAAAGCGGCAAUGGAUAUGAAUGACUAG